AGAAAGAUUAGAAGCUGGAUAAUCAUAAACUUAGCAGAGCUCAAAAGAAAUGAAAUGCAAAACAAUUCAAAAUGAUCCAAAAACAGUGCUGAAAAUUCUGCCCAUUUCUUCACAGCCUGUAAUAUUAUGAUUAUUAGACCUUAAAAAUCCACAACAAGCCGACAAUUAGAAGAUAAAUCCAAGCACCCCAUGUGGAAUUUUUCUUUUUCUGCUCAACUUUCAGUGUCAGACUUUGCAGCUUACUCAUUCAUUCUCUGCUCCAGUUCUAAGUUUCAGAGUCUUUAGCUUUUCUUCCUCCCCAAGUUUUGUUUUAGUUCAUCAGCCAUCAUGUGGGACUCUGAGAGUGAAUCUGUUUCUGGUAGAGAUUAUGGCAAUGGAGUUCUUACCACUAGUAAACAUGGUGUCAAGACUGAUGGAUUUGAACUUAAGGGUCAAUCAUGGUUUGUUGCUACUGAUGUUCCUAGUGAUCUUCUGGUUCAGAUUGGAGAUGUUAAUUUCCACUUACACAAGUAUCCUUUGCUGUCGCGGAGCGGAAAGAUGAACAGAUUAAUAUACGAUUCGCGCGAUGUAGAGCUGAACAAGGUUGCCUUAGAUGAUAUUCCAGGCGGACCGGAGGCAUUUGAGCUUGCUGCAAAGUUCUGUUAUUGUAUUGCAGUUGAUCUAACAGCAGCAAAUAUCUCUGGCCUGAGAUGUGCAGCAGAGUAUCUAGAAAUGACAGAAGAUUUAGAAGAAGGCAAUCUUAUAUUCAAAACUGAAGCUUUUCUAAGUUAUGUAGUGUUAUCAUCAUGGAGAGAUUCUAUAUUAGUGUUAAAAAGUUGUGAGAAACUCUCACCUUGGGCAGAGAAUCUUCAGAUUGUUCGAAGAUGCAGCGAGUCGAUUGCAUGGAAAGCGUGUGCAAAUCCGAAAGGGAUACGAUGGGCAUACACCGGGAAACCCCAAAGAGUUUCUAGUCCGAGAUGGAACGAGACAAAAGAUUCAAGUCCUAGUCGAAAUCAGGCACCAGUACCUCCGGAUUGGUGGUUCGAAGAUGUCUCGAUUUUAAGGAUCGAUCAUUUCGUUAGAGUCAUUACAGCAAUCAAAGUAAAGGGCAUGAGAUUUGAAUUGAUUGGAGCUGCAAUAAUGAAGUAUUCAGCAAAAUGGCUCCAUGGUUUGAUCAAAGAAGGCGCGGAGGGUUCUGUCAACGAGGGGAGCAAUAGUAGUACGAGUAGUGGCAGCAGUUGGAAAGGCGGACUUCAUAUGAUCGUGGCCGGAACUAAAGACGAGAUGACUCCGACUGUUCAAGCCAAAGAUCAGAGAAUGAUAAUUGAGAGCCUAAUCAGCAUAAUUCCUCCGCAGAAGGAUUGCGUGUCAUGCAGCUUCCUUCUUCGCCUUCUGCGAAUGGCUAACAUGUUAAAAGUGGCACCUGCAUUGGUCACCGAGUUAGAAAAACGCGUCGGAAUGCAAUUCGAACAGGCAACAUUAGCAGAUCUUUUAAUUCCUUGUUAUAGUAAGAGUGAGACUAUGUUUGAUGUAGACCUUGCACAAAGGCUUUUAGAGCAUUUUCUGGUUCAAGAACAGACGGAAGGUUCGAGUCCAGGUAGACAAUCAUUUUCGGACCAAAGGGGUACUGCUAAUCCAAAUGCUAAAAUGAGAGUUGCAAGACUUGUUGAUAGUUAUCUUACAGAAGUUUCUAGAGACAGAAACUUGUCUCUAACAAAGUUUCAAGUACUUGCAGAAGCUUUGCCUGAAUCUGCAAGAACCUGCGAUGAUGGGCUUUAUCGAGCUAUUGAUUCUUAUCUUAAGGCUCAUCCAACGCUCUCCGAGCAUGAAAGAAAACGCCUUUGCCGCGUAAUGGACUGCCAGAAACUAUCAAUCGAUGCAUGUAUGCACGCAGCUCAAAACGAAAGACUACCGCUACGAGUUGUGGUACAAGUACUCUUCUCAGAACAGGUAAAAAUCAGCAAUGCACUUGCAAACAACACUCUAAAAGAAGCCGGAGACUCGCAGUACCAACCGAUGAUACCGAAUCGGAAAACGCUCCUGGAAGGGACUCCACAGUCAUUUCAAGAAGGAUGGGCAGCUGCAAAGAAAGAUAUUAACACACUCAAAUUCGAACUUGAAAGUGUGAAAACUAAGUACCUUGAACUUCAGAAUGACAUGGAGACUUUACAGAGACAGUUUGAUAAGUUAACCAAUAAGAAACAGACAGCAUCAGCAUGGAGUACAGGAUGGAAGAAGCUGAGCAAAUUUACAAAGACUACAAAUUUGGAAAAUCAUGAGUUGGGAUCUCAGAUUGCAGGUAAUACAGAACAGCCUAGAAAGACACCAAGAAGAUGGAGAAAUUCAAUUUCUUGAAAGACAAGUAAAAAAACGCUUUUGAAACUCCAAAAAUUUAUAUUUAUAACUUAUAUUUAUAAAAGAUAUUGUUUUACGGUUUUCUGUUUCA